GAGAAAAUUUACAUAGUAUUAUUGAUAAUUCUUUUAUAAUAAUAAUUUUUAAAUAAAUUAUUAUAAAAUUUUAGAAAUAGAUUUAUAACAUAUUUAUUAAAUUUAAGUUAUUAUCUGAAAUAAAUAACAAAAGCAAAACAAAAGUGAAUUAUUUAAUUUAAAAAAAAAAAAUAGAAAAAUAAAAUAAUUAAAAAUGUCGACGCAUAAAAAACCACCCGGUCAUAUACAUAAAAUUAGAGAAUUUGAAUUAGAAAAGAUAAUUUUAUCUGAUGAAUUUGACAUUUUACAAAUUGUUGGUGAAGGAUGGUUUGGUAAAAUACUUUUGGUUGAACAUCGUGCCACCGAUACUGAAAUGGUAUUAAAAGCUCUACCAAAACCAUAUGUAUCACUUAGAGAUUUUUAUAGAGAAUUCCAUUUUGGUUUACAUUUGGGUGUACAUAGAAAUAUUGUGACUACAUAUGAUGUUGCAUUUGAAACGGCUGGAUUUUAUAUAUUCACACAGGAAUAUGCUCCUUUAGGUGAUCUCACAUCAAAUGUAGCUGAUAGCGGAAUUGGUGAACUUCAUAGUAAAAGAGUUGCUAAACAAAUUGCAUCAGCCUUAGAUUAUAUGCAUGCAAAAGAAAUUGUUCAUCGAGAUGUUAAAUUAGACAAUGUAUUAAUUUAUAAAUCAGAUUUUUCUCGUGUUAAAUUAUGUGAUUUUGGUGAAUCUUAUAAAACUGGUUCAAUUGUUGAACGACGAAAUGAAUGGCUACCAUACAGUCCACCAGAAGUUUUACAAAUACAACCGGAAGGAACAUAUGAAGCGCUACCUAGUCAUGAUGUCUGGCAAUUUGCCAUUGUAAUAUUCGUAUGUUUAACUGGUUGUUUACCAUGGCAGAAAGCAUCAACAGAUGAUCCACGUUAUGCACGUUAUUUAGCAUGGCAAAAUAUUAAUAUGAUGAUUCCUUUAAGGCGAACACCAAAAUUAUUUAAAUUAUUAACAACAAAAGCAUCAAGAAUGUUUAGAAAAUUUUUAGAGCCCAGACCGGACAGAAGACCAAAAACUUUAAUUGAAUUAAAUCGUUUUCUUGAUGAUAGAUGGUUGGCAAAAGGUUCUGAAAAAGAUAUGGCUGAAUUUGAACCAGAUGAAUUAUGUCCAUCAAUGUAUUCAUUUCAUAGUAGUCCAGAAGAAAAAAAUCGUGUAUUAUGGUCUUUAGCUGAACAAGGUAUUGAAACAACAGUAGAUCGUCGAGAGAAAAAAAUUCGUAUAAAAAAUUGGAUUGAAUCUUCAGUUAUUAUGGAAGAUGAAGAGGAAGAGGAUUCGGGUAGUGCAUCUGCUUCACCAUCAUCAUCGGUAUCACGUGAACCAGUACCUGGUCAUAUAUCAUCGGUACGAGCCGAAAAUGAAGCUGAAAAAGCUCGUCAAAAAACUAUUAAUACAACAAUAAAAGACGCUUCACAAAAACAUUUUGAUCCUAGAACUGGUCAAUUACAACAGGGACCCAGUGAAAUGGGCACUAUUUAUCGUAGUCUAAGUAAUUUAUCAACUGCUACAACAGCUGGACAAAGUUUAAAUAGCAGUUUAUUAACACUUGGCAGUCGAAAUAAUUUAAUAAUGAGUGAAGGUAAUCCAUACCAAUUAGAUUUUAAUAAUUUUGAUGAUAAUCUAUUAGAUGAUGAUGGAAUGGAAAUACAACGACAACAAAAAAUGGUAAAUCAACAAUUAAUUAAACAAUUUGUAUCUUCUAAUUAUAAUUAUAGUAAUAAUAAUAGUAAUGCACCAAAUACUACUACUAGCACAUUUUCUAUUUCUAAUAAUUAUAAUAAUAAUAAUAUUAAUGAUAAUGGUAAUAACAAUAAAUAUAAAUUUCACAAUAAUAAUAGCAAUUUACUCUAUCAUACACUCUCCGAUCCAAAUUUAACUGACACACAAGACAAUAGUAAUAAUAUUAUUUAUAUGACUAACAAAAAAUUAAAUCACAAUAAUGACAGUAUAAAUAAUGAUAUGAAACUAACAACAACAACAGCAAUAUCACGGACAACAAAACCUUUACAACGUACCAGAUCAGAUUCUUUAAAGAAAAUAUUCAAUUUUAAAAAUUCAAAUUUUAAAUCUUCAACAAAUGAUUUAUUUUCAUCGACAAAAACAAUGACAUUAAUUGAUAUUGAUAUUGAUAAUGAUAAUUUUUAUCAAAAUAUAAAUAAUUUUAAUAAUACACAACAACAGCAACAAUCACAGCAAUCACUAGAACAACUACAACAACAACAACAACAACAACAAAAUCAAUUUCUUUCUGCUUCAGAUACAAUUAAUAUAAAUAGCCAAAAAAAUAACAAUAAUGUUAAUUUAAAUGCAGUUAUUAAUAAUAGUAAUAGUAAUAAUAAUAUAAAUAGUAAUAAUGUAUCAAAAUUUGGUUUAAUGAGUGCUUUUAAAUCAAUUGCAACAAUUUCGGUUCCAGAAUACAACAACAACAACAGCAACAAUCAAGAAACUUACAACACAACAGAGGAGCAACAGUUUCAAAACAACAGCAAACAAAAAACUGACAAUAGCAACACAAAAUUAACACAAUUAAAUAAAAAUUUUAAUUUACAUAAAGACAGUGGUUAUGGAUCCUAUGAUAGAGUUAAUAUAACUACUACUAAUAAUAUUUCUACAACAAAUAAUAUAAAAUUUAAUAAUGAAAAAUAUUUAAUAAAUAAAAAUUUAAAGACAAUUAAUUAUUCUGGUGAAAAUGAUGAAUUAAAAAAAACCAAAUCUCAACCACAAAUUUAUUCAAAUAUUAAUAAAGAAUUUUCAACAAUAUCAACAUCAACAACAAAACAAAAUAUAAUAUCAACAGCAAAUACAACUACACAAACAACACAAACUCAAUAUGGUGCACGUAAAAAAAAUUUUAAUGAAAUUUACCCAUCUAGUACAUCAACAAUGAAAGAUACACCCUAUGAUAGAAUAAAUACUAUCAAUAGUAAUUUAAAUAAAACUAAAAAAUAAAUUCUUCUUCAAUAAUUACUAUUUAUUUUAAUUUUAAAAAUAAUUAUUAUUUAAAGUUUUUUUUAAUAUACUAUUUCUAUUAUAAAAGAAAAUUUUUAUUGUGUUAGUUUUUUUAAAAAAUAUUUUUUUUUAGUUAAUUCAACAGAAAUAAAUUUUUAAAACA